AAAUGCACAAAACUAACACGACCAAAUUUCUCUAAUUGAACACAACACAGUGGACCCAGUAUCUAGCGGACAAUAAUAACAUUGUGGAAUUCACAUCACGUUUCAAUUUACACUUGUAUGUUAUUCACUUCAAUUGUGUGCAGUAUCCGUUGUAUAAAUGGUAGUAAAUUAGCUCCCCUAGCACGUAAUAAUUAUUAUGAACAGUGCAUACAUUCGCAUGUACUAGCAAGAUGUUCCCCCACGGAUCUGUUCGCAGCACUGGCUAUUACUACUAAAUGGCAGUAUUCGCUUAUCUGCUGCUCAGUGUUGGUGCCGACCUGUUCGAGAUUGCAGAGGUAUUCAUACGCUCCCGAGGUUCCAUAGUGGAAUGUAGAGAUUAUUUACAGUGCAAACGACGGGAUCAAUUAUUUCGGUACUACAUCGCCCAAUAUAGUAGCGACAACGAACAGGAGGAAACUGGCAAAAUGUCUUCCGAAUCGCUGGAUAGUUGUGAUUUUGCCUACCAUGAAUCACCGACUUCUCCGGGGUCGAUUAGUUUGGACAAAAGUUCUUCGACGGAAGUAGUCUACACGAUGGAAAACAUCGCCGAAGUUUUACCAGGACUGAGCUUUAUAAUAAGUGGGAGUAUACUGCUGACCUGCGAACGGUUUUCCAUUAAUUUGAUGCUGAAGAACUCGGAUUUGGCACUGCAUUUCAAUCCGAGGCUACCGCAGAAUUAUAUCGUCCGAAAUUGCCGUGUCAAAGGCGUAUGGGGUAAGGAGGAAGUGGCAUCCCCAUUGUCAUUCAAUCUGCACCGAGGACAGAAAUUCAAAGUUCAAAUUUUAGUUACCGAUAAGGAAUUUCUCAUGUGCGUCAAUGGUCGACACUGUAAUACGUUCAAACAUAGACUGCCUUAUAAGAAAAUUUGCGCUCUGGAAGUCAAAGGGGAUGUCAAGGAUGUGAACGUCGAGCAGCUUUACGUUGACUGCUAUCCGGACAUCGUUCUAGAAGAAAUAAAGCAAAUCUCAAAGGAAAACUUUGCUUUUCCGGAAAUCUCCGACUCGAACUAUAAAAUUAUGCCUUUCACUGGUCGUCUGGCAGAACCAUUUACGAAUGGAAAGAAUUUACAUAUACGAGGUCGUAUUAAACUGCUACCACAUUCCUUCUACGUUAAUCUCCAAAGCAAUCAUUUCGUGUGGCCUCAUCCGAGCAUCCUCUUUCACCUGAAUCCACGAUUCGGAAAUGUCGGCGGAAAACACGUGAUCUGUCGCAAUUCCUGGCUCAACGGAAAAUGGGAUCGCGAGGAGCGCUCAGAGAAUCUGACUGAUUUUAUGCCUGGGCAAGCUUUCCACCUGAACAUUGCAUGCACUGACGUUAGCUAUCAGGUCUAUUUGAAUGAAAAAUUAAUUGCUGAAUUCAUAUUUAGGGAAAACCCCAAACUCGUUGAAACGGUCUACAUACAAGGUGAUAUAAAGGUUUUCGAUGUAACGUUGGAAUCGGCUUAUUAAUGUUAAUAUAGAAUCCCAUUGGCAAUCCGUCGUCGUUCUAGAACUUAUUUAAGGAUUUAACCCGAACAAUAACAUUGAAUACAAUCUGUUUACUAGUGAGUUACCUUUCCUAUAUUGCAGGUGUAUUCAUCCUAAGCCGGUGUAAAAAUCAUUGUGUUUAAAUUUUAUGUUCGCAAAACAUUGUAUUGUUAAUUGAUAACCUAAUAUAAAUUGUAUGUGCUACAAAGAAGAAUAAUAUAGAUAACUUGCUGCGCAAAAAGAA